GACGUGGGAGCCCCGGAGACUCCGGUGACUUCAAAGCCUUCGGAGCCCCUCUGCCACUCGCUCCAGUCUCGCAGGGACCAGCCCAUCUCGCCUCUGAUUGGCCGCCCCUCUCUCCACGCCUGCCUUAUUAUACCCCUGCACUCCAAUUUGGUCACAUAAACAUGAGGAUACCGUCACCUUAGGGCGCUCCGCAGAAACUUUGUGUAACUCCUUUUUUUUUUUUUUUUUGGUUGCUCCAUACCCACGAGACUCGACUCGUCACCUCACCCCGUGCCAGUCGGACCUGUAUGGCCCCAUCGACCGCCAUGUCAACUCUGACCGCUGGUUUGAAAAGCGAAGACCUUCCUCCCCGCUCGGUUCUCGUCAGCAGAGGCGACAUGCAGACCAGCCUGAGCCCCGCAGAGGAGACCGGCAAGCCCAAAGUCGCGAUUUUACCCUUCAGCGUCGAGGCGCUGAUGGCUGACAGGAAACCCAGCAGAGAGGUGGCGUCCCCGGAUGCCACGUCUGUCCCCGGGACGUCCCAAGCGAUGGCGAAGGGCGCAAGGAUGGGUGCUUUCGGUAGCCUGGAUACUUCAGUUCCUGGUUUAGCCAUGGGCUCUUCGUUUUCUGUGGGCGACAUCAUGAACAUGCCGGAGGACGUGUUGAUUAAACCCGAGAGCCCGGACAGUAAAGAGAGGACCUCGUGGAUACAGAGUCCUCGUUUCUCUCCAACUCCUCCGCGAAGACUGAGUCCUCCUGCCUGUCCACUGCGAAAACACAAGACGAACAGAAAGCCCCGGACCCCCUUCACCACGUCCCAGCUGCUGGCCCUGGAGAGGAAGUUCCGCCAGAAGCAGUACCUUUCCAUCGCCGAGCGCGCAGAGUUCUCCAGUUCCCUGAACCUGACGGAGACCCAGGUCAAGAUCUGGUUUCAGAACAGGAGAGCCAAAGCCAAGCGGCUGCAGGAGGCAGAACUUGAAAAACUGAAAAUGGCAGCGAAGCCGAUGCUGCCUCCAGCCUUCGGGAUUUCCUUUCCCCUCGGUGCGCACGUCCCCGGGUCCUACGCAGGGUCGCACCCGUUCCAGAGGCACUCGCUGCCCGUUUCCCCCGUGGGACUGUACGCCGCUCACGUCGGAUACAGUAUGUACCACCUGGCUUGACAGGGACGCAGGACGAGGGGCACGCGCAGUGGGACACAAGGGGGGUUAAGACUACUUCUCCGAGGGCCCCGAUCGAGAGGAGGGGGAACCUGUACCGAAUAAAGAGGCAUCCUGACGGUGAGCUCAGUGUCACAUCUUGUCAGGAGGGGUGCGAGACCUCCGCGCAGACCCCCUUCUGAGGACCUUGAAGUUUGUCCACUUCUCUUGACCUCGCCAGUAAGUUCACACACUGCAAAGACAAUCCAACUUCAUUCGUCAUUUAAUCUUGAGUCUGACAUCUGUUGUGAUUCUAGAAAUCUUAAAUCAGAAAGCUAAUCCGAGUGAGACUAAAUGACUUUGAGAUGGACAUGUUUGCGGUGCAGAGGCGGGGAGCCCUGUGGUAAAUCACGACCGGACAGUCGAGCGUGGACACUGUGCUGUGCCACGGUGUGUCAGAGAUAGCCCGCUGCUUCCUGCGCCUCCAUGGCUGCUCACAGCCACGUUAAACGGCUAAUAAAGCGGCCGCAGCGAGUAAGUCAGAGACUAUAAUGCGCAGCCUGACAUUCGGCACCAGCAAGGUAAAGGUCGGGCUUCUUCCAUCGCAUCUGUGGGCUGCAGAGAUCCAUAAUUUCUUCAUCCCUUGCAUUCAUAUCAGUGCGUACCUGUGGGUGGGUUACUGAAUCCAGUGUCAGUAAAUGCUCUUUGUGAAUUUUGGAGAACCACAGCAUUUGUUUUAAUUUUUUUUUUCUUAACAGCACUGUCUGUUGGAAUGAUUCCCUUCGGAAGGGAUAUGUGUACUGUAAAAUAAUGUAUAUUUGAAGAAUAUCCUCAUUUAUAUUAUGAAUAUAUUUGUGACAUAACUUAACAA